GGAAUCGAUCCGUAAUCCGGACCCGAGAAGAAAACAACACAAAACGUCAAGGAAGUUGGUAGUAAAAAAAAGUGUUUCGAUCCGCAGGAAAAACGCAGUUCGCAGGAUUCCGGAAGUGGUUGGAAAAGUUUGCCUGUUUUUCUUCCCAAAUCGCGGCGGUUGAUCGGUUAGUGAUGUCGAAUGUGUGCCGGGGGUAGCGUUGAUUGGUUCCGUUUCCGUGGAGUGAGUCGGGGAAGACGAGUCAGGUUUCGAGUUUGCUGCCCUGGGGAGACGACAUUCUGCUGCAGAAGCAGUAAGAGUAAGGACGAUUUUUGUUUACAAGAGUUUUUACACCGAAGGUGUAGAGGUAAAAACAGGACACGCAUCGCCGUCGGAGUAGGUGACAAGGAAACAGGAGGGCGGAAUCGCAAUCGAUUUGUGACGGAGUUGCCGAGUUUACUCGUGAGGAAAAUGAUUUUAGCCGGAGUGAAAUGUUGCCGCGGAAUCGUCAUUUGCUAAAGUGAUUGCAAAAUCGACGGGAACGGGUUGGAUUUGCGAUUCUCGAUGACCUCCAUCAACACACUGAGGAACGGCUUUAGCGCUCCAGUUCACCAUCACAAAACAAGGUUCUUUCUUGUAAUGAUGCGGCUCAACCUGAAGUUUCUGCUAAUAUGCCUGUGCUUCGCCGUGUUCCUGAUCACGUUCACUCUGUGGACAAACUGCGGUGGCGACCUGCCGUUCGCCCGCGGCUUAGUCCCAAAGUGGAACCAUCGAUACGAGAAUGUAGACAAUCAACUGGAGCUGGCGGAGGAAAUCGACUGCGUCAUCAAUCAGGAGUAUACGAUCGGGUGCCGGCGCGAAGGUGACGAGAUCUAUCUGCCAUUUUCGUUCCUGAGCAAGUACUUCGAAGUGUACGGUUCGCUCAAUACGGUGGACGGGGCGAAGCGGUUCGACUGGUCCCACAGCUAUGGCAAGGUGAACCAGCCGAAAGGGGUGUACGAUCCGAAGGGGAUUUUCAUGUACUUUGAAAACUACAAUGUGGAGAUGCGGGACCGGGUCAAGUGUAUCAGUGCUAUCGACGGGGUUCCAAUUUCGACGCAAUGGGAAAGUCAGGGCUAUUUCUACGCGACCCAGAUUGCGCAGUUUGGACUGUCUCACUAUAGUAAGAAUUUGACGGAACCGGAACCGAGGCGGAAGGUGGUGGAGGAUGGUGAGAAGGACCUGGCCGAGUGGAGGAUACCGAAGAACAGUUCACUCAGCCGGUCAUAUGUCAAGGAUAAGGACACGACGGUGGUACAUUUCUCGACGGGGAAGCAUUUUGACAGUGCGAUAACGCUGCCGAUGGAUCACGUGUUGGAUUUGGUGUUGAGUGUGAAUCUACUGCUGAGGCCAAAUUCGAGCUUUACGGUGACGUUGCAAAAUCGGGAGACGCAAAAGUUGUACAAUGUUAUCUUCAUAUUGGCGGAUUUGAUGAUGAGCGUGCAGGAUGAUAAUAUCUACUAUGGGAUUGGGCACAAUAGUACUUCGACCUGGCGAAGGUUGACGAGAGAUCUAUUUGUGGAUUUGCAGAAAGGUCUACCGCAGUAUAUCAAUACUGAGAAGCGGAGGAAGAUGCGACGAACUGAGUUGAAGGUAGUGGAAGUUUCGUUUCUUGGAAACGGAAGCUUUGACAAUCUAACGUUGUCGACUAGUGAACAUAUCGGUCAUUUCUACGAUGCGGCGGAGUGGUUGAUUCGCCAUCAGGAUCAGAAUACCGGUGGUUGGCCGAUUCCCGUGCGGCGGAAGCUGGGAGUGGGUUUUGGGGAAUUGUCGCGAGGAUGGUACUCGGCGAUGUCGCAGGGACAUGCAAUAUCGUUGCUGGCUCGGGCGUAUCAUCACUCGAAGGGUGACAAGCGGUACCUAAGGGCGGCACUGGAUGGGUUGAAGCUGUUCCGGAUACCAUCAUAUCAGGGUGGAGUACUGGCAACAUUCCUCGGCAAGUACGCCUGGUACGAGGAAUACCCAACGACACCGCCGUCUUUCGUUUUGAAUGGAUUCAUCUACUCGCUGUUGGGGCUGUACGAUCUGAACUCGACGGCACCGGCGAACCAUUCGAAUGAGGCAGCGUCGCUGUUCGAGCAGGGCAUGAUUUCGCUCAAGAAAAUGCUACUGCUGUUCGAUACCGGGUCCGGAACGAGUUACGAUCUGAGGCACUUUACCUUAGGAAUCGCUCCCAACCUGGCGCGGUGGGAUUACCACGCAACGCACGUCAAUCAGCUGCUGUUGCUGGCGACGAUCGAUUCCGAUCCGAUCAUCUCUCAAACUGCCGAACGGUGGAAAAACUACAUGCUUGGAAAGCGAGCGCAGCACAACUAGGGUUUAUAGCAUAUGUAAGCAACAAUAAGAAACAAUGGCUCUUCCUCUUCCUCCUAAUGCCUUACACACACAUUGAAACAAAAACAAACAAAAAUGAAAAAUACAAACAUUAUUGUACUCUUUGAUAAAUUACAACCAACACACAAACAUUCACACACACAAAAGACAUUUUUCGGAAAACAUUACUUCUUCAUUGUUGUGUCCCUGUUUAGAGGAGAUUCCUGAAAAGAAAUGGCAGAUUGUUAUGCAGUAGUGAUUAUCGAGUUUUAUCACCAAAGGACCACGAUACGAAGCCGAAGAAGUUGCACACACACUGGUAGUACGAUGUGCGUGUGCGUGUGUACUUGAGAAUCAAUGGAAUUUAUAGAGACACGCGUGCAAUACACAAACACAUUCACACCACUCACACACAUACGGAAUAAGACUACCGUCUAUUAUCUUGAUACCAGAAUAAGACUAUUAUAAUUAGUGAAAGUAUGGAAAUAGCUUAGGGCACACCACACGGUUAGUAGGGUAGUAGAGAAUAGUGAACACUGGAAAUGAUAGUGAUUGUGAUCGUUAAACUAGAAGAAGCAGCAAGAAAGCACCUAAUGGCACGCAUACGCAAACUAUGAAAGUAUUGUAAAUAUUGUGGAUUGUUUUCCGUUGUUUAGGAGCAAGUAGAAUGCUGUGCAGCAUAUGAUUGGAACGAACAUGGAUUUAAAAAAAAAAGUUGCAGUGGUAAAAGGAAAUGAAGAGUAAGAUGAUAGAAGAUGGUGCAUAACACCAGGGAAGAAAGACCUUAAAGAAACUAAUUUUCUUGCCGUCUUAUGUUGACGAUUUUUCGUGUUUGUAAAUGAAUAGAUAGUUGACUUCUAGAAGCUUUAAGCUUAUACAUUACAUAUUCUUUUUCAGCCAGUUGUAUUAUACGUUAUUAGGUACCCGUAGGCUAUAUCAGUGAUCUGUUGUAGAAAGUACCGUUGCUUUUUAUUUAUUAACCUUUCUCUUUUUGUGCGUAUUCGUUUACUUAAGUUUUCGUUGAGCGUAUGCAAAAAAAAAAAAAAACGGCACCUUCACAUAGAGGUUUAGACGACACGACUUUAAAAAAGCGUUAAAUCCCGAAUGCACAAAAGGGCAUAGAUUGUUAGGUUUUAAAUAUUGCGUUAGAAUAACAAGUGAAUGGUGAGGAAUUUAAAAUGUGUUGUCGAAAUAGUAGAGUUGAUCAUCAGACAUCGUUGUUCCUAACGAAAUAUGCAGUAUUUGUAGGAGUUGGCUGAACUCUAAAUGCUGUACCCACUGCAGUAUGAAUUCGCAAUCGAUCCGGAAAGGCCGUACCAUCCGUUACGUCACGAACACGGUUUGAUGCUCAAAAGGUGGUAGGUUUCACGCCUGGAGAGAUUUCUUAGUAUGUGGCGGACAAUUUCCGUUGUAUAGAUUUGUUCCUUGAAGUCCAAACUGUAUCAUACUAUCGUUGUUUGGGUAAAUGAGCAGCAUCAGCGGUGGAACCUAUUUACUAGUUAUAUUACCAACCAGUGGCAACUAACGAUUUUAAAUUGGCUCACUACUUGACUAGCCUAUUGGUCCCACGCAAAUCGAUUAACGUACCCCAUUCUAGUCGAAAUUCUAGUACUACACUAUGUUUGUUUUGAUUCGCUAUGAAAGUUUGACAGAUAAAAUAAGGGGUUCGUGGAUUUUUCUAUGUUUCGAGGGGUGUAUCGAUUAGCUUGGGACCGAAGAGAGUACCAGAGCAUAGCAUAGCAUAGCAUAUGCGAUUGUACAAAUCGUGGGUGGCUAUAUAAUGGUCAACUAAUACGUUUUGCAGAAAAUAUCGAGUGUUGACGCAGAAAAUAUCACUUGGGAUUAGUGAUUUUCCCCACACGAAAAUAAAAUCUACAAUACAAGCAUCGCAUUAUACCCCUGGCCACAUCCUUACAAUCGCAGGGGAAGGGAGGGAAAGUUAAUCCAACAUCUACUUAAGAAGGUGCAGGGAACCCAUACUACCUUCAUAGGUGUCACAGGAAGGAAAGAGUUGUGUUAGUGGGAGGGUGAAUGAUUUGGCAACUCUAUUCGUCAAUAUAGAGCAUUUGAUAAUUUGAUAAAUCAGUGACAAAAAAUAAAAUAUAAAUAGAUAAAAUGGAAAGAUCUCACCCGACCGGCCUAGAGACUUUGCAGCGUCAUGUUUUCAGAAAUGCUUUAUUUAAUUUUUCUUGAACCACCGCAAUCACUGAUAACGCUCUUCUCGGGACCGAAGAGAGUACCAGAGCUGAGCCAAAAAGUUGAGCACGUUUCUUCGGGACCUUCUGGUCUUAGAGUUACCUCUAUGAUAUUACCAUAGAGGUAACUCUAAGACUAGAAGGUCCCGAAAUAACGUGUUCAACUGUUUGGCUCAGCUCUAGUACUCUCUUCGGUCAAAGGCUAAUCUGUCAAACUUUCAUAGCGAAUCAAAACAAACAUAGUGUAGUACUAGAAUUUCGAUUAGAAUGGGGUACGUUAAUCGUUUGCUUGGGACCAAAAAAAUAAUUCCCUGCUAGCAUCGCCGGCUUGGCGUAUCCUAUGGCUUACCCGACCCUACUAACAAUAUUUCACCCUACUCGUGACAUUUAUGAGAGGUCGUAGAGUUCUCUGCAUCUCUCUUAAGUAAAUGUUGGACUAACAUUCCUUCCCCAUCCCCACCAGUUGCAAGGACGUGGCCAGGACAGAUCUGAACUGUUGGAAGAAGACACAUCCUUUAUCUAAGAGGUAGUGAUUAAUCCCAAAUCACUUCUUGCAGUAACGGAUAAAGGUGAGCCUUCUUCUUAACAUCAGUUUAGAACUUUAUUGUGUGCAACUUGAAUUAUGCUAUGCUAUGCUAUGCUACAGAUUUGUUCAUUGAAAUCCACAUACGAUAUCAGAACAACCGCAAUGCAAAUUCUAAUAUUGAUCAAAUUAGAGAGCAAUAAAGAGAUUGAGUUGAUAAUUCGGCAGUAUUCGUUAGAUGAACAGAAUUGCAUUUAGGGAAAAUUUGAGCAGCACAAAAGAUCUAAACGAUUAGUACAACAAGGUAAAAUUUCAAAUUGCCUGAAUAAAUGGUUAUAUGCUUUCAUUUGCCACCCUAAAAAGAAUGCCACGUCACUCUUUUAGGUGCAUAGAAGUAGAGGUGCCGAAGUUGCUCUGGGGAGUAGAUUUCGCCGACAAUGAUCUCAACAGUGAAGACAGCUUGAGUCUUACUUUCACGGUUUCAAUUCCAAUUAAGAGACAGUGGUACAAGUAUGAUGGCAAGUUAGAUGCAUCACGCAAGGGUAGAUAACGUAUAAACUUCUUUUUUACACUCUCAAAGCUAUUCAGUAGGCCUGAUAAGAGACAGCACUAGACUAUACUCUAGGAAUGAAUGAACCACCGAGCGAUACAAUAGCAAGCAUAAUGGGUUGUGAAAGUCUUCGGCCUAUUAGCUUUGUUCAAGAGGUCAUUGGAAUGUAGAUAAAUGCGAAACUCCCAAGUCCUUGAUUUGACUAACUUUCUCUUAAGUUUGGCUGGGAAUAGAAUAAAUAAAUUUGAUUGGCUUUCGUUUAUGGUGGAAGGUGAUCACGUUGCACUUGGUGAUGCUAAGCAUCAAGUAGUUACGGAAGCACCAGCUCUGCAUACGAUCCACAAUCCGGUGUAAGUCUUCGCAGUCGUGCAGUUGAUAAUCAUGUACAUUUUAUCUUUGUCAAAGUGUUUCGAGAGAUUAGAUGUGUACCAAGAAAUCAUCGUACCAGAAACUCCACUAGUUUGCCUAGUAGAAUUUAGUGAUCACCUCGAUCGUAAUUCAGCCUUGAGAUCAGUGCAUAUGGUAUGGAAAUGUCCAGCAGACUCCAUGGUGCGAUCACAGGGUGACACGAAUUUGGUGAAAUUUGUCAUUACUGACCGUUUCGGAUAGAAUACGUGCUGAGCCUUGGAGAUGAAGUUUUUACAAGAGUAAUUGUGUCUCAUUGAUGAUGAUUUCAAAUACUUUGGAACAGCUGUAUAAUGAGAUAACUUGCUCUGUUGCUCUGUACAUUCCUUAUGCCGCCUGUUUUGUGCACUGGACACAUGUACGAGAGUUCCCAAGCCUCUGGAAACUUGGGGCAUCCCUUAGCUCAGUCAGUAAAGGUGCAGCUAUCAAGCAAGACCAUGCUGGAGGCAGCUGGGUUCGAUUCCCGGUCUGGUCUAGGGAUUUUAUGGGUUGGAAUGAGAGAAUGAUUGUACUUGCCAAACAAUAUACACGAAUGAAUAGUACAGGAUUAGAAUGCUCUCAAUUAAUACUUCGAACACGAUGCCUCCGGUAAAAUGUGUAACGACAAUCUCGCAAUAAUAAAAAAUCAUAGCGCAGCCAUUUAUUGACGUAUUUCAAAUCUUUUAGCGUCAUUUGAAACUACAUACUUUAAAGAUUUAUUCGGUAUCAAUAGAUUUAAAAUUCAUCGAAAAAUUUCUGAGCAAUAAUUUUUCAAACCUUACUAAUUUGAUAUUACACAUUUUACCGGAGGCAUCGUGUUCGGAGUGUUAACAACUAAAGAAGUGUUCAAACGGCGUGAAGUUCCAGUGAGGACGUAUUUAUGCCAAACAAUAGGGACACUUAUUAACCAAAGGAUCCAACAACUAGCCGGAAUUUCAGUUCCUCCUGAAAUCUCAUGCUGGUAAAUGCUGACUACUUUUUAGUACGGUUUUAGUUCACUAGCACCAGCACACCAGCACUGAUGUAAACACCCCAUUACCGCAGCAUAGUCAACUCUUCGGAAACCAUAUGUACGGUUAUCUUCGGAGUAUUCCUCAAAAACGAUUAACGAUGGUAUGUACACCAGUUCGACCAGGGCAGGGUGAUCAGGAUGCCUAUCCUGCGAGGCGUGCGGGGUGAGGUGACAGUGAAGUGUUGACAAGUGACAAUUGUCACCUCGGGUGAGGUGACUCUCCAUUUGAGUUGCACGGAGAGUUACCUCACUAGUUACAGCGAGUCACCUCAGGCGUUUAGGCUCAGAAUGGGCCUAAUAAUGUUAUCAGUGGUCCAACAGCUUUCGAAACAGCACUAGCUGGAGUUGCAGCUUCGUUUGGACAAGGCCUAUUCGGUACAUCCAGAGUUGCGACCUAUCACAAUCACGAUCGUCAAACAGCUGAUGGUAGUAACGCUUAAUACAUUCCUAUCAAUGUGCUUGUCGAAGCACCCUACAUGACCAUCCAGCAAGUUGACGAAAGAAGUAAAAAGCAACUGGUGAAUGUCGUCUUCGGUGUUGAUCCAUCACCGAUCUGGUCAUUCCCGACAAUCACGACACUCAACUGUGCUAGUUUUGAAGCAGUUGCUGCUUUGCUUGCUUAUGUGAGUGAGUUGGUGAGUGUACCCAACACCUUCCAUUUAAUUUUGCCAGCUUUGUUUGCAACUCACACGUACCGAGACGAACUUCGAAUGCGUAGGCAUUGUUUUCAUUUUCUUCUGUCAUUUCGCUUCUUCUCAUCAUCGCACUGCAGAAGUUUUCACUGUUGUCGUUGUGCUUUACAUCACCAGCAGCGAGUGUUACGAUUUGCCUGUGGGCAGCGACCAUUACUGGUGAUC